AUACAGAUAAUAGCUGCUUGUCCAGUUUAUUUUAAUACAUCGCAAAAGUGCAAUGUACCUCUACUGGUUGACGUUAUAUAAACACUUUCUUCAAUACAGUUGUGAGCUCUCGAGAGAGUGGACCAUUUACUAAGAUAUACAGUGCAUUUGUGUUAUACAGUGUGGUAUUGAGAAACAUUCGAAGGAAGCAGUUUGUUUUAAUCACAUUAUUAAAUUACUUUUGGAUUAUUUAUUUGAUACUCCAAUCUUGUAAUUUUAUGAUAUUUUAUUUUAGAAAUAUAUUUUUUUACUAUCGUGAGACAUCAUUGAAAUAUCAUUUCUCCAUUUGUUCCCGUACGUGCUAGUGCGAAACAUGAGCCAAGAGAAGAAAUGGCAGCCUUUAAAGAGAGUGGGCAUCAUCGGUGUGCCUUUUGAGAAGGGCCAGAAGAAAUAUGGCGUAAGCGUGGCACCCGCGGCCCUGCGGUAUGCCGGUCUCAUAGAGCAGCUAAGUGAAAUCGAUGGGCUGGACAUAAAAGACUAUGGCGACAUAGAGACGCCUGGUAUCGAAGAAGUGAAAAUGGAGAACAUGGCACAUUUGGCGCUCGUGUCAGCCUGCAACAAGAAGCUGUCAGCACGCGUCUCUCAAGUCCUCAGAGAUGACCGAGUCGUUGUCACCAUUGGGGGUGACCACUCCAUCGGAGUCGGCACCGUAGACGGCCACUACCAAGUAAACAAUGACAUGAUCCUGAUCUGGGUGGACGCUCAUGCAGAUAUCAACACCAAUAAAACUUCGGAUUCUGGCUCUGUACACGGCAUGCCAGUCGCUCUUCUAGUCAAGGAAUUCAGCGGUUAUUGGCCUUACCUACCAACAAUGGACUGGCAGGAGCCCUUAUUCUCCAUAAAGAGCUUAGGAUACAUAGGCCUGCGAUCCGUGGACCAUUACGAGAGGCUAGCUAUUGAAAAAUACAAAAUACCCACGUUUGCCAUGGAAGACGUUGAAGAACAUGGAAUUAAGAAAUCAAUAGAGCACGUGCUGAAGAAAUUGGAUCCUGAAAACAAGCGGCCCAUCCACGUCAGCUUCGAUAUCGAUGCUUUGGAUGCAUUGGAAGCACCCAGCACUGGCACUCCCGUUCGUGGUGGCCUUUCCCUUCGCGAGGCUAUCAAUCUCAUGGAGAUAGUAUACGCAACCGGCCGCCUGCGGGCUGUGGACCUCGUAGAGAUCAACCCUGCCCUUGGCAACGAAAAUGACAGGAAACAAACCAUUGAGGCUGGACUCUGUGUGCUGAAGGCAGCGCUGGGCUUCUCGAGACGAGGUACCGCACCUCGUGGAGUGAACGACCUGCCCAUACAAGACCCCCAAGCUCAUCAUUAACGACUGAUUGGCACGUAUCAACAAUGUUGCUAUAAUGACAAUGUUUCAACAUUUCUCACUUCUCUAUAUUUGUUAUCGUUUAUUUUUUAUUUAAUAUAGUACAUUUAUAUAUCUAUGUUAUACCUACUAACCUGGUCAACUUAUUGAACUAUGUACCUUUAUUAUAUUACAGACUUUAGGUUUACUAAGUAUGUAUGUAUAACUGACAAAAAAUUUAACAAAUUACUAAGAUAGUCGUUGCAUUGACUAGUGACGACCUUGUGCGAAGUCGACGUUUAUACAAGUUGCUCACAAACACAAUAAAGUAUUAUCUAAA